UCAAAUCCCACACCCGGUGUGGUUGUAAAUGAACUGAACGGUACCGACGUCUACAAGGGUGUGCCCAAGGAUUACGUCGGGGCUGAUGUCAUCCCGCAGAAUUUCUUAGACGUUAUUAGCGGAGAAGCAGCGCUUGAAGCAAAGGGCAAACGUGUUGUCAAAAGUGGACCCAAAGAUAAUAUAUUUGUCUAUUUUAUGGAUCAUGGAUCCCAGGGAUCCGUAUUGUUCCCGAAGGGCUACCUAUACGCUGAUGACCUGAACAAUAGGCUUAAAAAAAUGAACCAAGAGCAAAAGUUUGCCAAGCUCGUUUUCUAUUUGGAAGCCUGCGAUUCAGGAUCCAUGUUUGAGAAACACUUGCCCACCGAUAUUAAUGUGUACGCAAUUACCUCAUCAAGGUACAAUGAAUUGAGCUGGAUGUGC